CCAACCCCGAGGCCUGUUGGCUCGUUUCCGCGCCGGCCGCUCGCCCGCGCCACAGAAUUGCCGAGAGCCUGGCCGGAGCCCUCUGUCUAGUAAGAGCGGCGGAAGGCGAGCAGGCCCGGCGGCAUGUGGCCUGAGAAUCUCCAAAAUGGCCAAUAAUUUGGAUGAGUUUAUUGAAGAGCAAAAAGCCAAACUGGCUAAAGACAAAGCAGAAUUGGAAAGUGAUCGGCCUUAUAUGGAAAUGAAGGGAAAGGCAUCAGAGAAGCUUUCUGAAAAUAGUAAAAUACUAAUCUCCAUGGCUAAAGAAAACAUACCACCCAACAGUCAACAGCCCAAGGGUUCCUUAGGAAUUGAUUAUGGAUUAAGUUUACCCCUUGGGGAAGACUAUGAAAGGAAGAAACAUAAAUUGAAAGAAGAACUACGGCAAGAUUACAGACGCUAUCUUACUCAGGGAAUUACACAAGCAAAAAGAAAGAAAAAUUUUUUAUCCACGGAUGAAACAGACCCUUCUACUCUAGGAGUUUCUCUUCCUAUUGCUGAGAGGUUAUCUGCCAAGGAAAGAUUGAAACUUGAACGCAACAAGGAAUACAAUCAGUUUCUCAGGGGUAAGGAAGAAUCCAUUGAAAAGGUCAGACAGUUAGAAAAGAAUACUGAGCCUAAGAGUCAAAGAAAUAAAAAUCCUGUUAGCCAAGUUAAACCUGAUAUACCUCCACAAAUACAAACAUCUUGCACACAUUCAGAGAGAUCUAGAAGAGAUGUUUUAAUUCCUUCAGAAGCAUAUGAAGAACUUCUAAACCAAAGACGACUGGAGGAGGACAGAUAUCGACAACUAGAUGAUGAAAUUGAAUUAAGGAAUAGAAGAAUUAUUAAGAAAACGAAUGAAGAAGUAGGCAUUGCUAAUACUAAACAUCAAAGGCUUGCCAGCAAGGCUGGUGUUCCAGAAAGAAGAUUUCGAAGGUUUAAUGAGGAUUGUAUUCUUAACAGACAUUACUAUAGACCAGACCAAGAUCCUGAAGUAAGUGAAGAAAUGGAUGAGAGGUUUAGAUAUGAAAGCGAUUUUGACAGAAGACUUUUGAGAGUAUAUACAAAUGACAGGAUGCGUGGAAACAAACAAGGGUACAUGCUUCCUGUGGAGAAUGAUGGUGAUGUCACAGAAGAACAAAACAUGCGAAUUUCAUCUGCUGGAAAUAAAAGUGCUCGAGACAAUGAACCAUCCACAUCUGCUAAUCGUAAUCUCUGUAGUCCUUUUGCGGGAAUGCUCUUUGGAGGUGAAGAUCGAGAACUUAUUCAGAGAAGGAAAGAGAGAUAUAGACAAGAAUUGUUGGAACAAAUAGCUGAGCAACAAAAGAACAAGAGACGAGAAAAAGAUUUAGAACUCACAGUUGCAGCUUCUGGAAUACAAGACCCUGAGAAAUCGUGGAAUGAAUUACAAACAUCAUUGCAGUUAAGUAAGAAGGAGCCUGAUAGACUGAAGCAGUUCAGCAUGGCACCAAAACACUUUGAAGAGAUGGCACCACCUGAGAGACCCAGAGUAGCUUUCCAGACACCUCUCCCUCCUUUAGCUACCCCAUCUGUCCCACCCAUCCCAUCUGUUCAUUCCACCCCUCCUCAAAAUGAAGAUUUGCACAAUGGACUCACCGGCACGCUUGGUGAAAUGUUGCCUUCCAGGAUUGCACCUUUGCCUCCACCUCCCCUACUACCACCUUUGGCUACUAACUAUCGAACCCCUUAUGAUGAUGCAUACUAUUUUUAUGGUGCCAGAAAUACCUUGGAUCCAAAUCUUGCUUAUUAUGGUUCAGGAAUGAUGGGAGUACAGCCUGCAGCUUAUGUUACUGGCCCUGUCACCCACCAGCUAGCACAACCUGUUGUGAAUACUGUUGGACAGAAUGAACUGAAAAUUACAAGUGAUCAAGCAAUGAAUUCAGGAUUGAUUUUUGAAGAUAAACCAAAACCUUCUAAACAGUCACUGCAGUCUUAUCAAGAAGCUUUGCAACAACAGAUUCGGGAAAGAGAAGCUAGAAGGAAGAAAGAGCGUGAAGAAAAGGAAGAAUAUGAAGCUAAACUGGAAGCUGAAAUGAAGCUGUACAACCCCUGGGGAAAAGGAGGUGGUGGCGCUCCUCUCCGAGAUGCCAAAGGAAAUCUGAUAACUGAUUUGAAUAGGAUGCACAGACAAAAUAUAGAUGCCUACCAUAACCCAGAUGCAAGAACAUAUGAAGAUAAAAGGGCUGUUCUAUCUCUAGACCAAAAUUUAGUCACUUCAAAUGCUGAGAACCUACAAGAUUCUGCAAAUAAAAACUCAGGUCAUAUGCAAGCACAGAGCUCUCCUUUUGCUCGGGGAAAUAUAUUCAGUGAGGCUCCAUCUGAACUUCAAAUUAAACAGCAAGAAAUAUACAAGAAUUUUCUUCGUUUCCAGAUUGAGGAAAAGAAGCAAAGAGAAGAAGCGGAACGAGAGAGACUGAGAAUUGCAGAAGAAAAAGAAGAAAAACGGCUUGCAGAACAGAGGGCACGAAUUCAGCAAGAAUAUGAAGAAGAACAGGAAAGGAAAAGGGAGAAGGAGGAGGAGCAAAGACUAAAAAAUGAAGAGCUCAUUCGGUUAGCUGAGGAAAGAAGAAAAGAAGCUGAAAGAAAGAAGAAAGAAGAGGAAGAAAAACAUAACUUGCAACUCCAGCAUUACUAUGAGAGAGAAAAUAUGAUUGGGGAUGAUACCAAGCGCUUGAGGCAGCCUUCUCCUGUAGUUCCUGCUCUUCAGAACAAGAUUGCAAGCAAAUUCCAAAGACCUCCGUCAGUUGACACCAUCAUAAAUUCCUUUAUUCAAGAAAGCUCCAUGUCCAGGGCACAGUCUCCUCCAGUACCUGCAAGGAGAAAUCAACUUCGUGCAGAAGAGGAGAAAAAAAAUGUAAUUAUGGAAUUAUCAGAAAUGAGAAAGCAGCUUCGUUGUGAAGAGAGGCGUUUACAAGGGCGGUUGCUACACAUGGACAGUGAUGAUGAAAUACAUAUUAGGAAAAGAGAAAGGAAUCCCAUGGAUAUAUUUGACAUGGCCAGACAUCGGGUGCAAGCUCCGGUCAGACGACAGUCGCCUAAGGGAUUGGACCCCACCACUUUUCAGAAUAUUCAUGAUUUUAGUGAGCUGAAGGACAGAGAUUCAGAAACACGAGUGGAUCUGAAAUUUAUGUAUCCAGAUCCUCCAAGAGAUCAUCAAACCUUAGAGAUUCAGCAGCAGGCCCUGCUCAGAGAACAGCAGAAGAGGCUGAAUAGAAUCAAAAUACAGGAAGGUGUGAAAGCUGACUUGGACGCCAUCCCAGGUGCUAAAGUACAUGGACAGAGAAUGCCGAGAGAUGACACUGAUGACUUUUUGAAAAAUUCGUUAUUGGAAUCUGAUAGUGCUUUUAUUGGUGCUUAUGGUGAGACGUAUCCUGCUCUUGAUGAUGAUGAUGCCCUGGCUCUACCAUCACAGCUGUCCUCUGCAAGGGAGCGUAGGAGGAACAAACUGAAAGGACUGGGCUUGGAUAAUAGUCAUCUUCAUAUAUCACCUGAUGGCCUCUCUCUAAAAUCUGUCUCCAGUGUAAAUGUUGAUCAGCUUAGAAUAAGAAACGAGGAUAGAAUGCGAAGAUUGGAUGAAAUUCAGAAUAAACCUAUUAAUACAGAUGACGAGAAUUCAUUGGUUGAUCCAGAUGAUGUCAUGAAACACUUUGGUGAUGAUGGAUCAAAUUCUAUAGCCACUGAGCCCUGGCUCCGCCCCGGCACCUCUGAAACUCUGAAAUGCUUCAUGGCCGAGCAGCUGAAUGAGGAGCAGCAGCAGGCUCCUGGAAAACCAGGCACUUUCACCUGGCAGGGCCUAUCUACUGCACAUGGUUAAAAUAAGUCCUCACUGGACCCAGUAGUGCCUUUUAAAGUAAAAGGAAUGUUAAAUCUGUAUACUAUGUCCUAGUUUUAGCCCCUAGCUGCAAGUUACUUAUACUUCAUCUGUAUAUAAAAUGUUAUUUUUUCCAUGAUAAUGUAUAUUAUGUACAUAAAGUUCAUGAUUGAUUUUUAAUUUAUAUAAUAGAAUUGUAUAGAAUUAUUUUUGCACAGUUUUGCCAUAAGUUAGGGUGGUAAUGAAUUCUUGGAUUAAACCACCAUGUGUGCAUUAAAUUCUGCUGGCCAUGAAGAAGAGGUAAAGUCUCAAUAGUACUGUAAACCCAGAAUAUCCUGUUACUUCCCCAUUUGCCAUUGAACAUCUGUCAUGGCUAUGUAAGGAAGGACUCAAACUACUUAAUUUCAAUUCAUUUGCAGCUACUGAUUCAGUAGAAAUGGAGCUAUGAUUUAUUUCCAUGAGCCAUGCACUAAAUAUUGUCAAAUAUUUAUGCCUUCAUUUUAUUUUUAUGCUGAUAAAAGGAACAACUUCAGUUACUAAUUUAUCUGAUUUCACUUUGAUCUCACUAUUUCUUAAUAGGAAUAAAGUUUUAUUUUUCUUACAA